AUGCUUGCGCCCAGCCACGUUGCCAAGAUGACUGCCGAAGUGGUGGAGGAGACGGGCCUACUGUGCGCCAUCUGCCAUGAGGGUCCGCGCGCAGCACCCAAGGAACCCCUUGGCAUCUACGUCUUUGUGCGUCGGUGUCCCCUGGAAGAGGGUCUCGCUCGGCCCGAUAUCGGCAAACCUGCACCGACCCUCCCAUCCUCUGCAUACUCACCCGAGGGCUACACCACAGUCUCUAGUUUUGUCCUCGUGCACUUUAGUUGCCACAUGAAUGUAAGUUCUCCUGGCUGGCUACUGUUUCUCUUUGCACCCUAG